AUGGUCAACCACGAGGUGGCAGCGCAAGCUCAGUCCUCUCAGCAUUUCCCAGGCCCGCGGAAUCCAGCUUCUUUUCUUUCUGUCCGGGAGGAGAUUUCCAGACCCUCGGGGUCACGUACGACGGCCACAGAGCCCGCUGGGUGGUCUUCAUGGGUGAGACCCUGGGCCGCGCGAUCCCGAGCGGAAGGCGGGAUCUGGCUCUCCCGCGGCGAGCACACCGCCAUGCUUCCCUUGAACUCGGAGCACUUCACGGGGCCUGCGCCUCCCGGGUGCGCAGCCUCGGGGGACUCGCCGUUCCCCGCACCGCCCGCGGAGCGCGGAGUGCCCGGGCCGGGCGAGCGCCUCUGCCAAGCCCGGCGCUCGCCCGGCCCUGCCCCGCGGGAGGACGCGCUGUACCCGCCUCCCCGCAGGCGCUCGGAGACAACCCCGGGGCGCGUCCAGGGGCUCUGA